AUGGUCUCCACACGACAUCACCCUAAGGAAUUUCCUUCACCCACGCAAGCCGCAAAAGAGCUGGUUAAGUCCUCACCUGCGCCUACCACUACCGGCAAUUCGCGCAAAUGGGUUCAUACACCGUCAGUCGCCGUGACCCUCUGGCUUGUCUUUUCUGUGCCGUUGGUGGUGUGGGAUGCUGGCUAUGUGUUGUUGCGACCGCAUAGUAUGCCCGGUGGCCGCUUGCACUCCCCCAUCUGGACCCCCUACGCGCUUUACGGUAAAAUCGACUAUAUAUACGGCUGGCCCGCAUUUAAUGCGCGCAACGGUUUUACCGCUGCGCAAACUGCGCUGAACGUCGUGGAAACUCUGGGUUACCUCUACUACCUGUUCAUUGUGUACCACCACGGCGCAACGGUCGUGAGUGGUCGCAGCGCACCGAAGCAGAAGAAGGGCUUCGUUUGGUUGUUGACAGGCGAAAAAGUCGUCGCGGGCCGGACUGGCGCGAUUGCGCUCAUGGUCGCGUAUACUGCGUCUGUUAUGACUCUCAGCAAGACCAUCCUCUACUGGCUGAAUGAAUUCUUCUCUGGCUUUGAUAAUAUUGGUCACAAUGAUGCUUUAACUCUGAUUGUGUUGUGGAUGAUUCCGAAUGGCCUGUGGAUUGUCUUCCCCACUUACAGCAUCUACUCUCUUGGGAGCGAGAUCCUCACUUCAUUGGAACUGGCGAGCCCUCGUGCUCGUGUGGGACGUCCCAAAUCCUCAUAG